CCCGAUUUUUGGUUCACAGCAGAAACAAAUCCACACCGAAACACAUAGACACAGCUGUCAAAGAAUAACAAACAAAAAAAUAUUAAAAAGUUUAAAUCAAAUAAAAACAAGCACCUCUCAGUGAAUGCUGCUGGUGCAGCUCUCCAUUUUUAGAAAAAAAAUAAAUAAAAAAUAAAUGAAUUACCCACAAGAGACUAGUUAAGAACCAACUACACCAAGAUGAGUAUGACAGAGAUGAUGCGGGGCAAGGCUAUGCCGGAGGAUAAGAAGAACGACAUCUUGCUGGCCCAGCAUGAGUUCGCCAACGUGCGAAUGGUUCAAAUUGGCUGUGUUCUGAAUGUCCUGACCGAGGCCAUUGAACGGGUGAAGAUCUCGCUGAUCCUACCGAAGCUGCUCAAUCAUCCCAAGCACCUGGCAAUGGUUCUGAAUGGCACCAAGUACGAGAAAGCCGUUCACCUGGUGGAGUCCUUUGUUCGUCGCAGGGAGUUCAUUUUGCGGGAGAAGCGUCCACCGCUGAUGGACCACGGCAUUAUCCAGAUCAUCGACUUCUUCCAGCGGAACAGCAAGAUGUACCACCUCUUCCCCAGCUACUGCAACCACAUGAGUGUUGAUGAAAAGAAGCUGCUAAUAGCCUUCCAGAUGCUCUAUGAUCUGGCAAAGGACCGCUUGUACAAGACAUCCACUGACGCCAUCUCACUGGAACGCCAACUGCAUGCUGCGUACAAGCAGAACGAGAUGGUGAAAGUGCAGGUGGAGGAGCUGCGCAAGAAGAUCCAAGAUCAAAAGUUAGCCACCGCGGCGCGGAUAGAUGCCAAUGAGGCCUACCUCCAGGACUACGAGAACAUCCUCAUGAAGAAGAAGCGUGAGAAGAAUGAGCGUAUCCAGAAGGAAAUAGAUCGUUGCACUCGCUUGGUCAAGGCCACUAAAAAAUCCAGCCUAGAGCGGCAAGUCGACUUGGAAGAAAAGCUAGAAAAGACUCGCAAGAACUAUACGACGGCGACCAACACCUAUUUGAAACAGGAGAAGGUGUUCCGCGAGGAAAAAAACAAGCUGAUCCUGCAACUUCAGGCCAUUAUCAAAAAGUACGAUCACACCAUUGGAGAGAAGAUGAUCGAGAACAUGCAGCUCACCGACGAGCACAAGCAGUGCAAGAAGGCCCUCGACGAAUAUAUGGUGGGAUUCCGAAAGGUUGAGAGGGUCUAUAAGCAGAUCGUGGUGAAACGGGAGGAGGAGGAGGCCAGACAUCGGCAGCAUCGCGUCCUCAUAUUCGCCAUGAAUCGCGCAGCCAGAAAGAUCCAGAAAUACUGGAGGAAGUGGAAGAAGCACAUGCGCAGGAAGAACAAGCGAAGCAAGAAAUAAUCCCUGUACAAAUUUAGACAAAUAUCCAAAUUGUCAGUCCAUCUUGAUAAUAGUACCAAAAUUCAAAUUAGAUUGUUAAGUAGCCCAACCUUUGGGCUAUUAGCAUACAAAAAGAGAUAUUCGGUGGUCUUAUCUAUCAAAUACAAAAACCAAAUCUAA